AUGUCCUCCUUAAGACUAGCAACAGCCUCCAAUGUUCGCGCUUUCCAGAAUCUGAUCACUGCACUCAAAGCCAGCGGCCGGAAAUGGACACAUGCAAUCGACGAAGAGGCACUUGAAGAUGAAAUCGGGAGGUUUCGUGUCUGGGCUGGAAACCUCGGCGCUCUGCAGAAAGGGCACAGCUCGCUUGACUACAGGCUGCGAGACUCACCAGUCUCCAAUACCAACACACUAAAGCUUCUUAGGGAGCUUGAAACCAAUGUCAACGAAGCUUAUGCAGUGGCAUCUGGGGCUCGACUACCUUACGAAGAGCAGGCCCGCCCAGACAUGACUGAAGAUGACGAUGACGAUGGGUUCUUCAGUGCGGAAGAAGAAGACGACGAUAAUAGCAGCAGCAGCGAUGAACCCCGAACAGAAUUGAAAAUGCGCUUUGGGGAAAUCGUCGACAUUAUCGACAACCUCUACAAGCUUAGCGUCCGCAUCAGAACCCCUGGCCUACGCUCAAGAUCUCUCAAAGCAUCCUCCUACACACAAAAGGAUCCAGAGACGGGAAUCGAUAUCUUUGACAUGUAUGCUAUGCAAGACCUCAAGCAUGUCCAGGAGUUGGUAUCGCAUCUGCGUCAACCGUACGUAGCCAGCGAUACGCAAGAAGAUCAAGACUAUUUGAUCAAGCGGCUGAGUGCAUCUGUUACACUUCGGAGACGACACUUCAAGUACUGGAAACGACAUCGUGAUAAGUUGAGUGCCUCUACAAUGUCCGAGGAUGUGCAAGAACCCCAUGUUACAGCGCCAUUCGAGAGACCUGCGACAGCAUCUGACGAAAGCCCACAAGCACAUCCGGUACCCGUAGUUGCAGCCCUGAGAGAAGCGCCAAGUCAGAAGACUGGUAAGACGAUGCUCUCAGGGACAGAGGUAACGCAGCUUCACCAAUCCUUGGACGAUAUAGUAGACAACAAAUCUGUAACAAGCUACGCAAUAACGGUCAAGGAUGUACACGGAAAAGGUAUCGACCUUCCUCCGCCACCAAAAUCGGCAGACGGUGACAAAGAAUUCGAAUGUCCCUAUUGUUGGAUCGUUUGCCCCGCAAGAUACGGAAAAGGGAGAGCCUGGAGAACGCAUCUGCUUCAAGACUUACAGCCGUAUGGCUGUACAUACCAGGACUGUGAGAGCUCGCACCUGCUGUUUCGCAGUCGUAGAGAGUGGGCCGAGCACGAAGCAAGCCACCGCAAAGUAUGGAGAUGUCCGGAGCAUCCGACUGCAGUUUUCCAUUCUCAGUCGGGCUUGGAAGAUCACCUCCGGCAAACGCAUCUCGAUAGCUUUCCAGAGAGCCAGCUGGUGACCAUUGCCAAGGUUGGCGAGGCUACUACGAUAGACUUGCGAGAAAGAUGCCCCAUAUGCUGCGCACCCACGGAUGCCAAAGAGAUAGGCGACUUGCAAAGCCACAUCGCGAAUCAUCUGGAGCGAAUCGCAACCUUUGCCCUGCCUCAUAGUAUGGAAGAUGACUCAGAUGGUGCCAGUGGGGUCCCGAGCCCCGGUGGUACCUCUAGAUCUUCCUUGAGUUCUGUAUCUACCAACGUGAGUGACGGGCAAAAAAAGAGCAAAGAAAACACUCUUCCUACCCUGCAGUUUGACCCGCCUGAGUCUGUUCAGGAGGUUGAUCCCAGCCGCGAUCUUCUAUCUGCUGAGAAUUUACAACAACUUCCUGAUGCGAAUCAAAAUAUUCUGGACGUGAUAGGAGAUCAACUGAAUAACCCAAGAACCUCGUAUCGUCUAGAACCCAUUCGGAGCUUAGACAAAGAGCCGGUUCUUCGCAUCUAUGACAUACCCACACUGCGGUCAUUAUACCGCUCCCGACAACUAUCACAAUUAGACCAGAGUUACGCAUCGAACGAUUCUUACAAUCGUAUGAUCUCUUUCUGUAACUAUGAUCUGACAAGACUGGAGGUAGACGCCAUUGUCAACAAUGUCGUUGUCGACCUGAAAUACUCACCACCCCGGGGCACGUUGCACUACGCUAUAAUGAAAGCAGGUGGUUCAGAUCUUGUACAAGAGGCAAGAUCGAAACCCCAACUCAAGUUGGGCCAAGUUGAAAUAACUCACGGACACAACCUGCCUUCGUCAUGGGUUAUCCAUGCUGCAGUACCGACGUCUUUUGGAGGGAACGGCAUAGCGCAGCUGAAUACUCUUGCCGAUUGCUAUCGCAAUGCCUUGAGGGCAGCGGCUGACCUUCAGAUCAGAACAGUGGCCUUUCCUUGCCUGGGAACUAGAGGCUGUGGCUUUGGUCCACACCAAGCUGCACGUAUAGCACUUCAAGCAGUCCGCGAGGACUUGGAUGAGCGCUCUGAAAGCCGGUUUGAACGCAUCAUUUUUUGUGCGAAGUCCGCUGUAGACGAGCAAGCUUACAAGGAUUUCUUUCCUGUGUACUUUCCACCAACACAUGGGGAUCUAGACGUGGCAAGAAGCUCAAAUAUGGCAACAAGUUCGGCCACGUCUGGAAACAACGCAGCAAUGGUCACUCAGGUCAUAAACACACAGGCACAACUGCAAAAAGCCACUUCUAUGCUCCGUCAUAAUUUCGCCCAGAUCCUACCGGAGAUCGAAGUCGGAUACCUUGAUCUUCUUGAUGAAACUAUUGUCGCACUGACUACGAUUCACCAUGAAUUAUCGGGACCCAGAGCGCUAGAGAAACACUCAACAGACAUUGAUCUGCUCUGUUCUGUUCUCUUGACUCUAUGUAGCAGCAUUUCAGGAAUGACUGAAACAGCGAAAAAUACACAAGAUACCGUGUCGAAUUAUCAGGAGAUCCUGAAAAUCACUGACUGGGGGAUGAAUGGGAAAUACGGAUCCAACCUCAAGGAGUUUCUACUGGACUGUUGCUCCUUUACUACCAUUCUGGAUAGUGUCAUGGCACAGGGACAGAAUGAUCUGGAUCUGGCUCAAAUUCGUCCAAAACUAGAAGGGUAUAGGGCCAAAGCGCGCGCACAAGAUACUGGAGAUGCUUCCGAUCAGCCGGAUAACCUGGCGUCUGUCGAGCACUCUCCCCCAACUGCCUCUAGUAGUCGGGACUUGGUCAAGCUGCACCAAAUUUCAACUGUAACGAAGAUGUACCAGCAUGAUGUCAUCAAACCAAAAAGUACUAUGGCACAGUCAUCCGCCACCUUCAACAACAUAGUGUGUUUGGCAAGAGAGGACAUGACAAAGCUCGAAGUUGAUGUUAUAGUCAACUCCACCGACACAUCCUUUCUAGGCAUGGGAACUCUGGAUCGUCUUAUAUUCAAAAAGGGCGGACCAGAAUUACAAGAAGAAGUUCAAAAAUUCGGCGUAUGCCGAGAGGGCGAUGUCAAAACGACGCCUGGAUACCUCUUACCAGCCAAGAACAUCUUACAUGUCAUCCCACCCGAGGUGUACAGAAAAGACAGCAAGAAUGUGCUACGCAACAUCUAUCGCGGAAUUCUGCAUGACGCUACAUAUCUGAAAGCCAAAUCUGUUGCAAUACCCUGUAUUGGAACGGGUGCGUUGGGCUUUCCGCGCCGUGAUUGCGCUUCGCUUGCCAUGGAGGAGGUCAGACGUUUUCUUCAGACCAAAGAGCCGGGUGGACUGGAAAAGAUAAUAUUUGUAGUAUACUCGGCCACCGACGAGGCCAUCUACAAGAAUAUUUUGCCGAAUUAUUUUCCACCAGUCGAGAAUACUACCUCGAAACAGUCGGGAACGCAGUCUCUGAAACUGGCGAAGAAUCCCUCGUUUGAUUCGGUUGCCGACAAAGACGAUUCUCAAUCUAUCGCCUCAAAGGAUGACUCUCGACACGCGCCUCUACAUGAAGCCACCACAAUAGCGGAUGUCAAGGUGUCUUUCACGGAAUUUACAACAAGUAAACCACGACUCAUCAACAACUCUUGCAUGGUCCUUGUGUCCGGAAGCUCGGUCUACAUUGACCGCAAGACCAACCGUAAUAACAAACGCAGGACUAGUCGCAAGACCAAGCACCUCGACACGGUUUCUCAAAACAGCUCAUUCGAAUAUGUGUUCGACCUGAUACCCGCUACUGACGUACGCCACGACCAAAGUGAGGUGAUCGUAAACGACAUGCGCAAACGCGGCACACCCCCAGACAUGCCCUUUAUGCUAUUCUUCAAAUGCAAAAACGAAACUGAUGCAACAACCCUAGCAUCUGCCCUGGAGCAAACAGCCCGCCAAGCCCGUGAACGAGCUUCACACGGGGGUUCUGUACUUUCAUCUGGAACUGCGCCUCUUGUGUUUCAAUUUGACGAUGAUGACGAAGGCAGCAAAGAAUAUACAUACGACGAAGAGUAUGGAGACUAUGGAGACUAUGUAGGCGAUGAAGACGCCAUAGACAACGACGACUACUAUUCCACUCGUAUUCUCGAGUAUCUUACAGAAGACUUGCAUUCACGACCUACGUCGUAUAUCGGACAGCACAUUAGCAAUAUCGCUGCUACAAUGCGCCUUGAUGUCGAUUUGGUGCGCAAGUAUCUGGAUAUGCUUGGUCAGAGGGGCCUGGUGCAUACUACAGUUGACGACAAUACGUGGGUUGUGUCGGGCUAUGAAGAUAAGCUGGUGCCUGCGCUCAAGUUCACAGAGUCCAGACCUUUGCGUGAAUUCCCGGCCCAGCGAGAGUGA